AUGUCCCUCCACGAUGUGCAAUCAACCCCAGGGCUGAAUUUGUUGGACUUGGAACUUCUGCACAAUUACACAACCUCAACCGCUAAUACCCUCCAUACCGACCCUGCUAUGAAAACGUUAUGGAAGAUAAAUGUUCCUCAACUUGGUUUUCAAUACGACUUUGUGAUGCGUGGCAUACUGGCCCUCUCUGCUCUCCAUCUGGCUCGAUAUCGACCUGAGAAGAAGGAGUUAUACAACUCUCAAGCCAUGCUUCAACACCAAAUUGGGCUUCGUCAAGCGACAAAUGCUCUGACAGAAAUCAACGAGGAGAAUUGUACCGGUGUUUACAUCUUCUCAGCACUCACCUUAUUCUUCACAGUAGCAACUCCUCGCAAACCAGGAGACUUCCUUCUUGUGGGAGAUAAUAGUAUCGCGGAUUGGUUGGCCUUGGUCAAAGGCACUAGCUUCAUCGUUGAGACUUCCCCGAAGAUUUUGUUUAACGGGUCCCUCGGACCCAUGUUCAGUGCUGGACGACGACGGUAUGAGCUGCGCGAGAAGCUUCUUGCAGAAGAGGCACCAGAAGAUAGUCCCCUCGCUGAGCUUCAUCAACUCAUCAAUAGGAGCACCGUCGAUCGCCAGGACGUUACCAUAUACCUAGCCGCCAUCGACAGCCUCCGAAAAUCCUUCGUCACAUACCCCGGGUCUGGUCAAGGCCCAACCUUCGAACCAGCGGAUGUUUUCAUAUGGGUGUUCGAAGGGAAUCACAGCUUCCUCGAGCUUUUGCGGCAACGCACACAGGAGUCCCUCUGUAUAUUCAGCUAUUUCUGCGUGAGUCUCCGACGCCUGGACUCUUGCUGGUGGAUGGAGGGAUGGGCUACUCAUCUCAUCGCGAGGAUCUACCAUCUGCUUGAUGAAGAGCAUCGACUAUGGAUUCGAUGGCCAAUUGAGGAGAUAGGAUGGAUUCCGAGUUAG